GUACAGUAUACUCUUGAUGGUGCUGAAUUACUUCCUACCUAUGAUAACACUCUUUGCUACGUACGCCCGCAUCGGCUGGGAGUUAUGGGGCAGUCAGGCCAUUGGCGAGGUCAUUCCCAUGCAGGCGGAACGAGUACGGAGCAAGCGGAAAGUGGUCAAAAUGAUGAUUGCUGUAGUGGUCAUCUUCGGCAUCUGCUGGCUGCCCACUCACGUCUACUUCAUCCUGGGUAACGUGCACAAGGAAAUCGUCUUCUGGCCGUACAUUCAACAAGUCUACCUGUUUAUCUACUGGUUGGCCAUGUCCAACUCCAUGUACAACCCCAUCAUAUACUGCCUCAUGAAUGCCAGGUAA